GACUCCAGACACUCGUCAAUUUAAACCGAAGUUGACCAAGUUUUGUUUGUGUCGAAAAUAGUGUUUAUGCAACUCACUGUUUGAGGUUGUAGGCGACAGAAAUAAUUGUACCUCGUAGAAAAUAAAGAACUGUACACCAUGUCUUGGCUUUUUGGUAUGAACCAGCGCCCUCAGGACUUUUCUCAGUUUGUGCCACCACCUGGAGCUUCAGGUGGUGAUGGAGGGCCAGACGGACCAAAUGACCGUGGGAAGGGCAACUCCAGCAUGGAAGCAUACCGCUUUGACUCGGCUGCUCUGGAACGAGCUGCUAAAGCUGCCAAAGAUUUAGAGAAGUCUGCAUUUGCAAAGGAAGCCCUCAGUCUGUCAUUGAUGCAGGAAGAAACAAAGCAGAAGGAAAUAAUGACAAAAGCUAAGGAAAUGGAGGUGCAAAUAGAGGCAGCAAAAGCAGAAGGGAAACGCAUAGAACAGGAGGAACGAAGGAAGACAUUGCAAGAGCAGUCAAAACUUGACCAGCAAAAGUCACAAUAUCAAGAUCAGCUGGCUAGAAAAAGGUAUGAAGACCAGCUGGCUCAGCAGCAAAGAAUGAAUGAAGAUAACCUGAGGAGGCAAGAAGAGUCGGUUGCAAAGCAAGAGGCUAUGAGGAAAGCUACUAUUGAGCAUGAACUCGAGCAGAGGCACAAAUAUGAUUUAAAAAGAAUAGAAGCAGAAAUGACAAGCAAAGCCAAGGUGGAUCGAGAAAAUCAGGAUUUAACCCUGGAACAGAUCAGGGUCCGUGCUGCUGAAGAUAGGGAGACAACCCUAAAGUCAAUGAUUGAGAAACGUGAAACAAUACUGUCUUCUAUAAAAACAGCAGGGGCAGCUAUUGGAACUGGCAUAGAUGCAUUUUUAAGUGAACCAGCUAAGAUUCAAGCUGCCGUGGCAGGCCUUGUGGCUCUUACUGCUGGAUAUUAUGGUGCCAAAGGAUCCCUGGGCAUUAUGUUUAGGUUUAUGGAGGCAAGACUAGCAAAACCAUCAUUAGUGCGUGAGACCUCAAGGAUCAGUGCUUUUGAUGUUGUGCGACAUCCAGUGCAGACUGUAAAGAAGAUUCAGAAGAGACCUGAAGAUGUCUUAGAAGGAGUUGUUCUCAACCCUAGUCUAGAAGAAAGAGUCCGAGACAUUGCCAUUGCAACAAAGAACACCAAGUUCAACAAAGGCAUGUAUCGCAACAUUCUUCUUCAUGGACCUCCUGGAACUGGUAAAACCCUCUUUGCCAAGAAACUGGCAAUGCACUCUGGAAUGGAUUAUGCUAUUAUGACAGGUGGUGACAUCGCUCUUCUAGGCAGGGAAUCUGUUGGAGCCAUUCACAAGGUGUUUGAUUGGGCAGGUACAUCAAGAAAGGGUCUUAUCCUUUUCAUUGAUGAAGCUGAAGGAUUUCUGCGCAAACGUCAUGAAAAUAUCAGUGAAGAAUUGAGGAUGGCCAUUAGUGCUUUCUUAUAUCGUACGGGAACUCAGACUGAUAAAUUUAUGAUGGUGUUAGCUUCCAACACCCCUGAAGUACUUGACUUUGCUGUGGUUGAUCGUGUUCAUGAACCGGUAGAAUUCCCUCUGCCAACUCUAGUAGAGAGGGAGCGCUUAGUCAGACUUUACUUCGAAAAGUAUAUCCUAAAACCAGCAGCAGAGGGCAAAAGGAGACUGAAGGUUGCAGAAUUUGAUUAUAGUGGAGCAUGUACAAAAGUGGCUGAUCUUACUGACGGAAUGUCAGGACGUGAGAUCACAAACUUAGCUUUAGAUUGGCAGAUGACUACAUAUGCUUCAAGGGAUGGUGUGUUCUCAGAGGAAAUUAUGCUAAAGAGAGCACAGGCAGCAGUCCAGCAUAAGAAACACAAGGUAUCCUGGCGAAGUGCACAUGAAACAAAGAAGACUGUGUUCAGUGCAGCUGUUAUAGCUGCUGUUGAAAAUGCAAACAGUGCUCCUCCUUCAAAGCCUGAACCAGUUAGCUGAGAGCAGCAUGCUAUGUUAGGAAAUUAUUUCUUCUUUAUGAAUAUGGGAAUUAAUUUGUUCUUUCCAUGUUGCUUAUGAUGAUAUCAUAGCCUUUGUAGCAUUGAUAAAAGGAAUGAACAAAUUCAGAGUUUAAUUCUUGGUGUUUCAAAUACAUGGAUAUUUCAAAAUUAAAAUAAAUACAGUGACCAGUAUAUAUUUAAUAGAACUUUCAAUAUAUCUCUAUGGUGUUCAAUUAUGUAGAUUAACAAUAUUGGCAAAUCAGGAUUAUCUGUUAAAAUUGAAUAGAAUCUUAAAGAUAAUUUAAUGUACACAUUCUGCGUAAUCAUCAUUAGUUUACCGGUAUUUGUUUCUUAUAAUAAGAACUUUCAAAGAGAAUAGACAUACUUGUUAAAUAGAUAUACAUAUAUGCAUAAAUACAUCCAUGUGCAUAUUGCCAUAGAGGAGUACAUACAAAUAUAUGUAUUCAAAUAUUUAUUGAAAGAAAGUCUUGAGUUUGUGUAGAAAUAUCAAACAGCAAUGGUUAGCAAGUUCAAAUGUGUGUAAAUAGAAUGUGCGUGAAAAAUGUUCCAAAAGCCAAAGUUCUCAAUAUAAGUAACAAAAGUAAAGGCUGUUCAUAUUCAUACAUAAGUAAUAUGGUAAUGCAUUUCCAUUCCAAAGUUAUAAUUUUUUGUUGAAUGAAUUGUAACAUACAAUUAUACCCAGCUUUUGUUAGAGAUGAGUUGCCAUUUCAAACAUAUUUCUGAAUUUUGAUGCGUACAAAGAAAACUGGAAUAGUAAACUGAUGUUUGCUCCAGAUACUGUCUGUUCUUGAUAUUUUUAUAGCAUUGUGUAAUAUGAAAGAAUUGUACAUAUAUUAGAAAAUUGUAAAAUAUGAUGUAUAGAUGGUUGAAAUAAAUUGUUAACAACAGUUU